CAUCUGCGAAUGUGACAUUUGUCAUAAACACACACACACAAAAACACUUUAUUCUACAAAAGCGGCUAUAAAUAUAUCUGGUGGCAUAUCAGAGUGUUGUGGUCCUUUAUAUCCAAGAGGGACCGUAUAGAGAGGAUGUAUACUGUUAGUAAUUCAAGAAAACACAUGAUGAUGUGGUUCUUAGUGGGGAUGUUUUUCUUUUGCAUGGUGGAUGAGUCAAAUGCUCAAUUGUCAGAGAACUUCUACGCCUCGACAUGCCCUAACGUGGAGCUCAUCGUUCGACAGGCGGUUACAACUAAAUACCAACAAACACCCAUCACGGCUCCAGGAACAUUACGGAUGUUCUUUCACGACUGUUUCGUUGGUGGAUGUGAUGCUUCCGUGUUAAUAGCAUCUGACAACGGAGACGCGGAGAAGGAUGCUCACGACAAUAUAUCUCUCGCCGGAGACGGAUUCGACACCGUGGCUAAGGCUAAACUCGCUGUGGAAGCUCAAUGCCCUGGCCUUGUCUCAUGUGCUGAUAUUCUGGCUCUGGCCGCCAGGGACGUGGUUGUCCUCGCUGGGGGUCCAGGGUUUAAGGUGGAGCUAGGGAGACGAGACGGACUCGUGUCACAUGCCUCUAGCGUAGACGGGAAGUUACCAGGACCAGAGCUAGACGUAACCGGUCUAGUCAAUCUAUUCGCUAGUAACGGUCUUUCAAUAACCGACAUGAUUGCUCUCUCAGGCGCACACACAUUAGGAUUCUCUCACUGCGACCGUUUCGCUCACCGUCUCUACAACUUCUCAGCCCUCAUGCCAGUAGACCCCACGUUAGAUCCGGCCUACGCACAACAGCUGAUGCAAACCUGCCCUCGAGUCGGGUCGGAACCUAACGUUGUCUCAACCCUUGACGCCACCACCCCAGAUGUCUUCGACAAUGCCUACUUCCAGAACCUCGUGGCAAGGAAAGGACUCUUAACCUCCGACCAAGUUCUGUUUAACGACUUCAGGUCUCAGGCAACGGUGGUCAGGUUUGCAAACAACGCUGAAGAUUUCAACAGCGCUUUCACCUCAGCUAUGAGGAAACUCGGCCGCGUUGGAGUUAAAGUUGGGAAACAAGGAGAGAUUAGAAAAGAUUGCUCUGCUUUUAAUUAACUUUAUAUAUUUAAAAUGUCAUAAUCCAAAAUGGAACAUUUAUUCUAAUAAUCUUUUUUAUAAAUCUACCAA